CACCCCACCCCACCCCACCCACUCCCUCAAAAACCCCAUUCCUCCGGCGAGCAAUCCCCGAGCUCCGGCGAGAUGCAGAUCUUCGUGAAGACGUUGACGGGGAAGACGGUGACGCUGGAGGUCGAGAGCAGCGACACCAUCGCCAACGUCAAGGCCAAGAUCCAGGACAAGGAAGGCAUCCCCCCGGACCAGCAGCGGCUCAUCUUCGCCGGGAAGCAGCUGGAGGAUGAGCGCACCCUGGCAGACUACAACAUCCAGAAGGAGUCGACGCUGCACCUGGUGCUCCGCCUCCGCGGUGGCGGCCAGGGCAAGGGCGGCAGCUACCCCAACAAAAUCGACCCCAACCUCCUCCAGCUCGCGCUCAAGUACCGGCAGCACAAAAUGAUCUGCCGCCAGUGCUACGCACGCAACUCCAUCAGGGCCGAGAACUGCCGCAAGAAGAAGUGCGGACACAGCAGCGAGCUGAGGAAGAAGAAAAAGAUGGUACCCAAGAAGGAGUGAAGCAACAUCAAAGAGCGAGAGAAACGAAGAUCAAUCCAUGUUAUGCAUCAGUUGAACCAACUAUCUGUCUAUCUUAGCACUUUAUCCAUGUCAGAGACCAUACUAGAGUCGUGGGAACUCGGAAUUUAAUUUUCCUCAUGUUAUGCAUCAGUUGAACCAACUAUCUGUCUAUCUUAGCACUUUAUCCAUGUCAGAGACCAUACUAGAGUUGUGGGAACUCGGAAUUUAAUUUUCCUCCUAGUUUAAAUAUCCUGCUGGAGUACUCAUCUUAUGCAGAGCAGCGGUAUGCAGCUUCAGAAACUGCUUGCCAAAGUUCCUGCCUGUUGUUGAAACUUAAUGCUAGUGGUUAACAUGGGCGGCGUGAA